AUGGCGCGAAAAAGAAAAUGUUCAUUUAUAUCAGAGAUUGAAGAGGAAGACCCUCAUGAUAAUAAACGUUUGAAGGCAUAUUCGGAUGAGAAUGAAACUGACCAGGAGGCUGAGUUGUCCGAUGCAGAGUCGCUUAUAGAUGAUGAGCCGAAGCCUCCGUGCACGUACAUGUAUCCAUACAUAUACUCACCACCCAAGAGGAAAAGAGGGGCAUUUAGUAACUUUUUAGAUUCUUUGCCAAGUCAUACCAAACGAAGACGAAUAAAAUGGAACAGUAGAAAUAUUACAGAUAACGAAGAGGAGGAGACAGAGCAGAAGGGAAGAUAUAUAAUUAGCGAUGAUGAUAAUUGUGAGGAGAAACAACAGAAAGGAAACACGAGAAGAAAUCUGAGUGAUAGUGAGGGUGAUGACGAUGAGGAGGAAAGUGUAAGGAAGAGGAGGAUUAGAAGUAGUAGUAGUGAGCUCGGACAUGAGGAGGAGAUAUUAUAUGCUACCAAGUUAAUUAUUGAUGAUGACGAAGAUGAGAUGAGGUUGAGUGAGGAAGAAUUGAAUCAGGGCAUAGAAUGUGAUGAGGAUCAAUUGUUUGAGUGUGUUGGGUUAGCAGAUUUAUAUGAGGCGGAGCAGAAGGGUAAGGAGGAGGAGGAAGAGGACGAGAAACCUGAGAAAGAAGAAAAGAAAAAUGAGAAGCAUGAUUGUUUUAUUGUGAAAUGUUAUCACGAAUGGAUAAAUCCCGACUGUCUGAGUUGUAUUGAGAAAAUGAAGAAACCAAUUAAAAGAGUUGAAAGGAAAAUAAUCAGUGCUGAAGAGAUAGAAGAGAUAAUGAAAAAAGAGAUAGAAGCUGAAACGAGAAAGAUAGAGGAGGAUAGUAAUUG